GCAUCGACGGCGGUUAUGCAGCGCACGCCCGCGGCCCUCGUCACGCGUGGAAUAGCAAAUGCACGGGUGCAUAAGAACGAGAAGCUGGAGGUGAAACAGAAAUGGGCCUCGCGGCUUCUAGGAAAAUUACGAAAAGAUAUCACGCAGGAGUACAGAGAGGACUUCGUACUGAGUAUCACCGGGAAGAGGCCAGCCAUGUGUGUCUUAAGUAAUCCUGACCAGAAGGGUAAAAUGCGUCGGAUCGAUUGCCUGCGUCAAGCCGACAAGGUAUGGAGGUUGGACCUGGUAAUGGUGAUCCUCUUCAAGGCAAUUCCGUUGGAGUCGACGGACGGGGAACGGCUGGAGAAGACUGCGGAAUGCGCUCAGCCGGGCCUCUGCGUCAACCCCUAUCACAUCAACGUCUCCGUCCGGGAACUCGAUCUCUACCUCGCCAAUUUUAUCACCAGCCACGGUAAGAGAUAACUAAGAUAAUCGUACGAUUAAAGGGCUUUGAUUCGUCUUUCCGCUAAUCUAGAAUCGACAGCUCUUUCGCGCACCCUAUCGCGAGUCGAUCGACUGCUGUGCGUUAAAAUUGUUUUGCAACAAAAUGUUCCUGC